AUAGCAUCCAGCCAGACUACUGUAGUUGUAAGCUGGACUGAGCCAAGAGCCACUGACAAUAAUGGUGUGCUGCGACGUUCCUGGCGGUCACAUGCCCCCAACACUGCCUUUCCUGUUGGAACUACCCAGGUUACUUAUCAGUGGAUCGACCCAAGCAAUGCCAACUCGCCGGCUGAGUGCAUGUUCACGGUGACUGUUUCCACUACAGGAACGGAUGGUGUGGUGCCUUCUUUGACCUGCCCUGCUGAUGAGGUUGCUAGUGCAAGUGGCAUUGCCACCUGGACUCCACCAACACCAACUGAUGCUUCAGGGAUCGCUUCCACAACCUCAACUUUAACCCCAGGAUCAGUAGUCCAGGAGGGUUUCACCACUGUCACCUACAAUACUGUUGAUGGUUCUGGCAACCGAGCCUCCUGUUCUUUCCUAGUGCGAAGAGCAGUAACCGGCGCUUACGGGCCGGUCAUCACAAGCUGUCCAAAUAAUAUCCAGCAGACAGUGACCAGUGGCACCAGUGGUUUUGUGACAUGGACAGAACCAACAGCUUACGAUGACGGUGGGUAUGUGCGGCUCGUUAUGCAGACUCACUCUCCCAACACUGCUUUCCCUGUUGGCACAACACCAGUGGAAUACCUCUUCCAAGAUCCAACAGGGAGCACUGCUAGAUGUGUCUUCACGGUUGAACUCACUGUCACAGUUGACAAUGAUCCACCUGUGAUCUCCGGUUGUCCUGAUGAUUUCUCUAGGACAACCUCAAAUAUGCAAGGCCUCGCUGUCUUCUGGACACCACCGACUGCAACAGACGUUAGUUCUUUUGACACACGGUCAACACUUGACAAUACGCCACCAGUGAUUUCGGGAUGCCCAAGCAAUUUAGUAUUCACCACCAAUACUUUCGGAGGGACUGCUUUUGUCACCUGGACACCACCAACUGCAACAGAUGACAGUCAAGUUGUACAAACUUCCACUCAUAAUCCCGGGCAACAACUUCCCGUUGGCAGAACUGAAGUUGUGUAUACUUUCACCGAUACCAAUAACCAGGCAUCUAUGUGUUCAUUCUUUGUGGAGGUAGUAUUUGUUGACAUUGAUGAUCCAUUCUUUGUGGGCUGUCCCACUUCGCUCACUGUGACGGCCCCUUUUAAUGCUGGUGCAGACAUUGAGGUGACAUGGACAGCACCUACGGCUACGGAUAAUGCUGGAACACCAACAGCUAUUCUGAUAUCCCAUAAUCCGGGGGACAGGUUUCUUGUUGGCCAAGUGACCACUGUCCUCUACAGUUACACCGAUGCGGCUGGCAACAGAGGCGACUGUCGGUUUGAUGUGACCGUUACACGUGCUGUUGACAAUGUGCAUCCUGUGAUCAACUGCCCAGCCAACAUCAUUCAAGAAGUCACGACUGGCAAUCGGAAUGGAGUUGAAGUAACGUGGAAUUUACCCAUAGCCACAGACAACACUGGAUCUACGCUAAUUGUCAUUCUGACCUCAGAUCAACAGCUGGGUCCCGGUGCCUUCUUCCAGUUCGGAAGUUACACCAUUGCUUAUAGCGCCGUUGAUGGGGCAAGCAAUUCGGCUCAAUGUUCCUUUACUGUAACUGUUGUGGAUCGAGUACCACCUGUACUCAAUUGCCCACCCAACCUUGUAAGAGAAGUCACCAGUGGCAGUCAGAAUGGAAUUCAAGUGUCAUGGAAUGUUCCUACAGCUACAGACAACAGUGGAGCUGCACCAAAUGUCCUCCUGACCUCAAAUUCACAGCAAACUCCGGGUUCCUUCUUUGCAUUUGGAACGUACACUAUAACAUAUACUGCCAGUGAUGGUGCAGGCAAUUCCUUCUCAUGUUCUUUCACUGUUAAUGUUGUUGACGGAGUACCACCUUCAGUCCAAUGCCCAGGGAAUGUGGAGUUUACCAUACCAUUUACAGCUAAUGAUAGGGAGGUGACCUGGAGUGAGCCAGUUGUAUCUGACAAUUCUGGAACUGUCAGUUUCGUCUCAAGGACCCGUGAACCUAAUACCCGUUUCCUACCUGGUAUUACUACUGUAAUGUAUACCUACCGUGACCCAUCAGGCAACACGGAAUCCUGUUCUUUCACUGUGACAAUAACCCGACUGGAUGGCGUGCCGCCUGUGAUUAACUGCCCAGCCAACAUCUUACAAGAAGUCACGACUGGCAAUCGGAAUGGAAUUGAAGUGACAUGGAAUUUACCCACAGCCACAGACAACAGUGGAAUACAACCAACUAUCUCCUUGGCAUCAAAUGCACAGUUAGGACCUGGUUCGUUCUUUCCAUUUGGAAGCUACACAAUUACCUAUAGAGCUACUGAUGCGGAAGGGAAUUCCGAGUCAUGUUCCUUUACUGUCACUGUUGUGGAUCGAGUACCACCUGUACUUAAUUGCCCAUCCAAUAUUAUACGAGAAGUCACCAGUGGCAGUCAGAAUGGAAUUCAAGUGUCAUGGAAUGUUCCUACAGCUACAGACAACAGUGGAGCUGCACCAAAUGUCUUCCUGACCUCAAAUUCACAGCAAACUCCGGGUUCCUUCUUUGCAUUUGGAACGUACACUAUAACAUAUACUGCCAGUGAUGGUUUAGGCAAUUCCAUGUCCUGUUCUUUUACUUUGACAGUUGUGGAUCGUGUACCACCUGUGAUCACUUGCCCAGCUGACAUCACCCAACGAGUCACGACUGGUAAUCGGAAUGGAAUUGAAGUACAAUGGAGUCCUGCAACAGCCACAGACAACAGUGGAGCUGAACCAAAUGUCUUUCUGGGCUCAAAUUCACAACAAGGACCUGGCUCCUUCUUUCAGUUUGGAACCUACAGCAUUCUCUACAUUGCCUCAGAUGGGCCAGGCAAUUCCAUGACAUGUUCUUUUACUCUGACAGUUGUUGACGGAGUACCACCUUCAGUCCAAUGCCCAGGGAAUGUGGAGUUUACCAUACCAUUUACAGCUAAUGAUAGGGAGGUGACCUGGAGUGAGCCAGUUGUAUCUGACAAUUCUGGAACUGUCAGUUUCGUCUCCAGGACCCGUGAACCUAAUAGCCGUUUCCAACCUGGUAUUACUACUGUAAUGUAUACCUACCGUGACCCAGCAGGCAACACGGAAUCCUGUUCUUUCACUGUGACAAUAACCCGACUGGAUGGCGUGCCGCCUGUGAUUAACUGCCCAGCCAACAUCUUACAAGAAGUCAGGACUGGCAAUCGGAAUGGAAUUGAAGUGACAUGGAAUUUACCCACAGCCACAGACAACAGUGGAAUACAACCAACUAUCUCCUUGACAUCAAAUGCACAGUUAGGACCUGGUUCGUUCUUUCCAUUUGGAAGCUACACAAUUACCUACAGAGCUACUGAUGCGGAAGGGAAUUCCGAGUCAUGUUCCUUUACUGUCACUGUUGUGGAUCGAGUACCACCUGUACUCAAUUGCCCAUCCAAUAUUAUACAAGAAGUCACCAGUGGCAAUCGGAAUGGAAUUGAAGUGUCAUGGAAUGUUCCUACAGCUACAGACAACAGUGGAGCUGCACCAAAUGUUUUCCUGACCUCAAAUUCACAGCAAACUCCGGGUUCCUUCUUUGCAUUUGGAACGUACACUAUAACAUAUACUGCCAGUGAUGGUGCAGGCAAUUCCAUGCCCUGUUCUUUUACUUUGACAGUUGUGGAUCGUGUACCACCUGUGAUCACUUGCCCAGCUGACAUCACCCAACGAGUCACGACUGGUAAUCGGAAUGGAAUUGAAGUACAAUGGAGUCCUGCAACAGCCACAGACAACAGUGGAGCUGAACCAAAUGUCUUUCUGGGCUCAAAUUCACAACAAGGACCUGGUUCCUUCUUUCAGUUUGGAACCUACAGCAUUCUCUACAUUGCCUCAGAUGGGGCAGGCAAUUCCAUGACAUGUUCUUUUACUGUGACAGUUGUUGACGAAGUACCACCUUCAGUCCAAUGCCCAUGGAAUGUGGAGUUUACCAUACCAUUUACAGCUAAUGAUAGGGUGGUGACCUGGAGUGAGCCAGUUGUAUCUGACAAUUCUGGAACUGUCAGUUUUGUCUCAAGGACCCGUGAACCUAAUAGCCGUUUUCAACCUGGUAUUACUACUGUAAUGUAUACCUACCGUGACCCAGCAGGCAACACGGAAUCCUGUUCUUUCACUGUGACAAUAACCCGACUGGAUGGCGUGCCGCCUGUGAUUAACUGCGCAGCCAACAUCUUACAAGAAGUCAGGACUGGCAAUCGGAAUGGAAUUGAAGUGACAUGGAAUUUACCCACAGCCACAGACAACAGUGGAAUACAACCAACUAUCUCCUUGACAUCAAAUGCACAGUUAGGACCUGGUUCGUUCUUUCCAUUUGGAAGCUACACAAUUACUUACAGAGCUACUGAUGCGGAAGGGAAUUCUGAGUCAUGUUCCUUUACUGUUACUGUUGUGGAUCGAGUACCACCUGUACUCAAUUGCCCGUCCAAUAUUAUACAAGAAGUCACCAGUGGCAGUCGGAAUGGAAUUCAAGUGUCAUGGAAUGUUCCUACAGCUACAGACAACAGUGGAGCUGCACCAAAUGUCUUCCUGACCUCAAAUUCACAGCAAACUCCGGGUUCCUUCUUUGCAUUUGGAACGUACACUAUAAGAUAUACUGCCAGUGAUGGUGCAGGCAAUUCCUUCUCAUGUUCUUUUACUGUUAAUGUUGUGGAUCGUGUACCACCUGUGAUCACUUGCCCAGCUGACAUCACCCAACGAGUCACGACUGGUAAUCGGAAUGGAAUUGAAGUACAAUGGAGUCCUGCAACAGCCAUAGACAACAGUGGAGCUGAACCAAAUGUCUUCCUGAGCUCAAAUUCACAACAAGGACCUGGUUCCUUCUUCCAGUUUGGAACCUACACCAUUAUUUAUUUUGCCACAGAUGGGGCAAGCAAUUCCAUUCCAUGUUCUUUUACUGUGACAGUUGUUGACGAAGUACCGCCUUCAGUUCUAUGCCCAGCGAAUCUGGAGUUAACCGUACCAUUUACAGCUAAUGAUAGAACAGUGACCUGGAGUGAGCCAGUUGUAUCUGACAAUUCUGGAACUGUUACUUUCGUCUCAAGGACCCAUGAACCUAAUAGCCGUUUCCAACCUGGUAUUGCUACUGUAAUGUAUACCUACCGUGACCCAUCAGGCAACAGGGAAUCCUGUUCUUUCACUGUAACAAUAACCCGACAGGAUGGCGUACCACCUGUGAUUAACUGCCCAUUCAACAUCUUACAAGAAGUCACGACUGGCAAUCGGAAUGGAAUUGAAGUGACAUGGAACUUACCCACUGCCACAGACCACAGUGGAAUACAACCAACUAUCGCCUUGACAUCAAAUGCACAGCUAGAACCUGGUUCUUUCUUUUCAUUUGGAAGCUACACAAUUACCUACAGAGCUACUAAUGUGGAAGGGAAUUCCGAAUCAUGUUCCUUUUUUGUUGUUGUUGUGGAUCGAGUACCACCUGUACUCAAUUGCCCAUCCAAUAUUAUACAAGAAGUCACCAGUGGCAGUCAGAAUGGAAUUCAAGUGUCAUGGAAUGUUCCUACAGCUACAGACAACAGUGGAGCUGCACCAAAUGUCUUCCUGACCUCAAAUUCACAGCAAACUCCGGGUUCCUUCUUUGCAUUUGGAACGUACACUAUAAGAUAUACUGCCAGUGAUGGUGCAGGCAAUUCCAUGUCGUGUUCUUUUACUAUUAAUGUUGUGGAUCGUGUACCACCCGUGAUCACUUGCCCAGCUGACAUCACCCAACGAGUCACGACUGGCAAUCGGAAUGGAAUUGAAGUACAAUGGAGUCCUGCAACAGCCACAGACAACAGUGGAGCUGAAACAAAUGUCUUCCUGAGCUCAAAUUCACAACAAGGACCUGGUUCCUUCUUCCAGUUUGGAACCUACACCAUUACCUAUUUUGCCACAGAUGGGGCAAGCAAUUCCAUUCCAUGUUCUUUUACUGUGACAGUUGUUGACGAAGUACCACCUUCAGUCCAAUGCCCAGCGAAUGUCGCGUUUAGCAUACCAUUUACAGCUAAUGAUAGGGCUGUGACCUGGAGUGAGCCAGUUGUAUCUGACAAUUCUGGGAGUGUUACUUUCGUCUCCAGGACCCGUGAACCUAAUAGCCGUUUCCAACCUGGUAUUGCUACUGUAAUGUAUACCUACCGUGACCCAUCAGGCAACACGGACUCCUGUACUUUCACUGUAACAAUAACUCGACUGGAUGGCGGGCCACUUAUGAUUAACUGCCCAGGCAACAUCGUUCGAGAAGUCACGACUGGCAAUGGGAAUGGAAUUGAAGUAACAUGGAACUUACCCACUGCCACAGACCACAGUGGAUUACAACCAACUAUCUCCUUGACAUCAAAUGCACAGCUAGGACCUGGUUCGUUCUUUCCAUUUGGAAGCUACACAAUAACUUACAGAGCUACUGAUGCGGAAGGGAAUUCCGAGUCAUGUUCCUUUACCGUCACUGUUGUAUCAUCGAAUCCGUGUUCAUCUUCACCUUGUCAGAAUGGUGGGACUUGUUCCACGAGUUCGUCUGGGGAUCAAAUCUACUGCAAUUGUUCUGAAGGCUUUAAAGGAAUUACAUGUGAAACAUACGCGUGCAAUUGCCACACCGACUCAACCGGUAAACCGAACGACUGUGAGGUUUCAGCAGAGUGUGACGUUGCUGACAUCCUAGAAGUCCUUGCACAGAUCGUGGUGAAUGAAACCAAUGUUCUUUCAGUGUCCGCUACGCUGAAGAACGCGACAUCGAGCUUAAUCAACGAAGAAGUUGAAGGGGAUGAGCUCUCUCUGACGGCAACGGUUCUGGAGAAUAUAGCAAAUGUAACCAGUCCAAGCCUCCAGGUGACCGUAAACGUUGUCAAGACGGUCGACAACGUUCUCAAUCUACGUAACGAAAUCUUCGAAGAGAGUGAUGAUGAUGCUGCGGGAAGGAUCCUCCAAACCUUCGAGACACAGCUGACGUACGUCAGGGAAAACCUGACGAUCGACAACCUGUCGAACCUAGCUGUCGAUGUCGUCGUACUUGGCCCAGAUUUAAACACCGAUUCCGGCAUAAGCUACGCAAGCAUUCCUAUAGGAGGGGUCAUUGAUAACACGCUUCAGAACAAUGAGGGUCAGUUGAGUUCGAUGACCGAACCACGGGAUGACGCCGAAGCAUUCAUUGGUCUUCCCGGAGAAGCUCUGAAAUUGGAUGAUGAACAAGGUUCCAUGGUAAAUUUGCCUGUUGUUUUCGCCGUGUACCUGACCUCCAAGCUGUUUCAGUUAGCCACACCCGAGUCGCUAAGCUUUCCUGACGGGAAACAACUGUUAGUGAACAGUCGCAUCGUAUCAGCUAUCGUCGGAGACCGAGAUCAAAUCAUUGAAAACCUGAUGAGCCCUGUUGUAACGUCUUUCAUUUCUCUGAACACAUCACUCACGGGUGAGUCAAUCUGUGUCUUUUGGGACGUUGCUGCCAGUAACUGGUCCACUGAGGGAUGUACUCGGUCCACGAUCAACCCUGGUCAACGCUCCGUGGCCUGUGACUGCAAUCACUUGACUAACUUCGCUAUUCUACUGAGUUAUUAUGGUGACAUUGACAAUUUUGCGUUGGAUAUCAUAAGCAAGGUCGGGUGUGCAGUAUCGAUUGGGGCGCUGUUUCUGACUAUAAUGGCCUGCUUGGUGCAUAGUGAGCUUAGAAACAAACCAGCCAAGAAGUCCGUGAUAAACCUGUGCGUAUCCCUGCUAGCCUUGUACGCGGUCUUUCUGGCCGGUAUAGAACAGGCUCAGUCCCCGGUCACCUGUGUUAUCAUGGCCGCUCUGAUCCACUACUUCUUUCUGACCUCCGUCUGCUGGGCCUCGGCCGAGGCGCUGAAUCUUUUCUACCUGCUUGUCCUCACGCGCAGGGGACUGAUGACUGGAUAUCUGUUGAAGAUGCUGCUGUUCUGUUGGGGUAUCCCGAUGGUGAUCGUGGCCUUCACGUUCGUGGUGCCGUAUUUUGUCACUGGACACUGGGAACUCGAGGGCGAAUACUGCUUCUUAACACCUGGCAACGCACUCUACUUCGGCGUCCUCCUCCCAGUUGGCAUGAUGCUGCUCUUCAACGUCUUCAUUUUCAUCCUCCUCGUGCGUCGUCUCGUCUGUCAGCGCAUGGUGUCCUCAGUAACCCGCCGUGAGACCCACCUAGAUGCCUCCAUCCGUCACGGUAGACUCAUGCUACCCAUAAGUCUACUGUUGGGGGCGACUUGGUUAGUCGGAUUCCUGGCGGUUGAGGGGGCUACCGACGUCUUCCAGUGGAUCUUUGCCGUUCUCAACUCAUUCCUUGGCCUGGCUAUCUUCCUGCUCUUCAUUGUUGGGAGGAAGACGGGGAGGAAAGGGCUUGGGAAGCUGAUCUGCGUCGAUCAGAUCAGGAAGAUGACAAACACCCAGUGAUCAUCUACAGUCCGUGGAAGCACGCCUCAUGGCGUGCUUCCACGGACAUAA